AUGGCGCAGGCCGAGACCUUCGAAUUCCAGGCUGAGAUUUCUCAGCUGCUUUCGCUCAUCAUCAACACCGUCUACUCUAACAAGGAGAUUUUCCUUCGUGAGCUUGUUUCGAACGCCUCCGAUGCGCUCGACAAGAUUCGCUAUGAGUCCCUGUCGGAUCCCAGCAAGCUGGACACCGGCAAGGACCUCCGUAUCGACAUCAUUCCGGACAAGGAGAACAAGACCCUCACCAUCCGCGAUACCGGUAUUGGUAUGACUAAGGCUGACCUUGUCAACAACCUUGGUACUAUCGCCCGCUCUGGCACCAAGCAGUUCAUGGAGGCCCUCUCGGCCGGUGCCGACAUCUCCAUGAUUGGUCAAUUCGGUGUCGGCUUCUAUUCGGCCUACCUUGUCGCUGACAAGGUUACUGUCGUUUCCAAGCACAACGAUGACGAGCAGUAUAUCUGGGAGUCCAGCGCUGGCGGUACCUUCAACAUCAUCCCUGAUGUCAAUGGCGAGCCUCUCGGCCGUGGUACCAAGAUUAUCCUCCACCUCAAGGAUGAGCAGACCGACUACCUGAACGAGAGCCGCAUUAAGGAGGUCAUCAAGAAGCACUCAGAGUUUAUCUCUUACCCCAUCUAUCUCCACGUCAAGAAGGAGACCGAGAAGGAGGUUCCGGAUGAGGAGGCUGAGGAGAAGGCCGAGGAGAAGACUGAGGAGGGUGAUGACAAGAAACCCAAGAUUGAAGAGGUUGAGGAUGAUGAGGACAAGAAGAAGGAGAAGCCCAAGAAGACCAAGAAGGUCAAAGAGACCAAGAUUGAGGAGGAGGAGCUCAACAAGCAAAAGCCCAUCUGGACUCGUAACCCUCAGGAUAUCACCCAGGAGGAGUAUGCUUCCUUCUAUAAGUCGCUCUCCAACGACUGGGAGGAUCACCUUGCUGUCAAGCACUUCUCUGUUGAGGGUCAGCUUGAGUUCCGCGCCAUCCUCUUCGUUCCCAAGCGCGCUCCCUUCGACCUCUUCGAGACCAAAAAGACCAAGAACAACAUCAAGCUCUAUGUCCGCCGCGUCUUCAUCACCGACGAUGCUACCGAUCUCAUUCCUGAGUGGCUCGGCUUCAUCAAGGGCGUUGUUGACUCUGAGGAUCUUCCUCUCAACCUGUCUCGCGAGACCCUGCAGCAGAACAAGAUCAUGAAGGUCAUCAAAAAGAAUAUCGUCAAGAAGUCCCUGGAGCUCUUCAACGAGAUUGCCGAGGACAAGGAGCAGUUCGACAAGUUCUACAGCGCCUUCUCCAAGAACAUCAAGCUCGGCAUCCACGAAGAUUCUCAGAACCGUGCGGCACUUGCCAAGCUGCUGCGCUUCCACUCGACGAAGUCGGGUGACGAGAUGACCUCGCUCACCGACUACGUCACUCGCAUGCAGGAGCACCAGAAGAACAUCUAUUACAUCACUGGCGAGUCCAUCAAGGCUGUCGCCAAGUCUCCCUUCCUUGACCUGCUCAAGGAGAAGAACUUUGAAGUGCUCUACCUGGUCGACCCCAUUGAUGAGUACGCCAUGACUCAGCUCAAGGAGUUCGAGGGUAAGAAGCUUGUCGACAUUACCAAGGACUUCGAGAUCGAGGAGACCGAAGAGGAGAAGAAGAAGCGUGAGGAGGAGAAGAAGGAGUUUGAGGGUCUUGCAAAGUCGCUUAAGAACAUUCUUGGCGACAAGGUCGAAAAGGUUGUUGUUUCGCACAAGCUCAUCGGCUCCCCUUGCGCCAUCCGCACUGGCCAGUUCGGUUGGUCUGCCAACAUGGAGCGUAUCAUGAAGGCUCAGGCCCUCCGUGACACCUCCAUGAGCAGCUACAUGGCCUCCAAGAAGACUUUCGAGAUUUCUCCCAAGAGCCCCAUUAUCAAGGCCCUCAAGACCAAGGUCGAGGCCGAAGGCGAGAACGAUAAGACCGUCAAGUCUAUCGUUCAGCUCCUCUUCGAGACCUCGCUGCUGGUUUCUGGCUUCACCAUCGAAGAGCCCGCUAGCUUUGCUGAGCGUAUCCACAAGCUCGUGUCUCUGGGCCUGAACCUCGAUGAGGAGACCGAGGCCUCGACUGAGGCUGCCGCCGAUGCCGGCGCUAGCGCUGCCGAGACUGGCGACAGUGCUAUGGAGGAGGUUGACUAA